AUAUUUUACAGAACAAGGCAGAAAGUGGAGAGGAGAUCGGUGGCAGCUAUUUGAAAUAAACUGAAGAAAUAGUGAUGUAGAAGUGGCCUUUAAGUAAAGGUGGAUUGAUAAGAGACUAAUAAACAUUUAGAGGGAGAGUAUAACAGCAAGUAGGUGUCUUUGGCACCUUGUCCAUAAGAUGAACUAAAUAGAAAUUGAAGUACAGGAACCUUAACCAGCACAAAAUCCAUUGACAGCACCAACGUAAAGGAUACUCUCAAUCUGGUGCUGGUGAUGUCCCUUCUCUAAGCCCUGGAAACGUAGGUGAUGGGUUGUGCACAGUGUAAGGGGAAUGAUGGUGGGGAAAAGGAAGAGGGUGUCAUGCAGAAUAUUCACCAGGAUCAACGCUAUUGUCCGGACCCUACACAGACCUUCCGCAUCACAGACAAUCAUCUAUCUCUUACCCCAACAUUUGGAUUUGGCGGAGUACAUACAGGAGUAGUUUCAGGAGGGAUAACUCUCUUUGUUGCACUAUAUAACUAUGAGGCAAGAACCGAGGAUGAUCUAACUUUUGAGAAGGGCGAGAAAUUCCACAUUAUUAACAACACUGAGGGAGACUGGUGGGAGGCUCGAUCACUGAAAACAGGAGAAACAGGGUACAUCCCCAGUAACUAUGUUGCACCUGCAAACUCCAUCCAAGCAGAAGAAUGGUACUUUGGGAAAGUUAGCAGAAAAGAUGCAGAGAGGCAGCUCUUGAGCGAGAGCAACCAGCGUGGAAGCUUCAUGAUCAGAGAGAGUGAAACCACCAAAGGAGCUUACUCACUCUCAGUCCGUGACAUGGAUGACAUGAAAGGUGACCACGUGAAGCAUUACAAGAUCCGAAAAUUGGACACUGGAGGAUAUUACAUCACAACACGGGUCCAGUUUGAUAGCGUAACAGAGCUGGUCAAACAUUACAUGGAGUACAAUGAUGGCUUAUGCCACCUGCUGACAAAACCCUGCAUUAACCUGACACCGCAGACCAUGGGACUAUCAAAAGAUGCCUGGGAAAUAUCUAGAGAUUCCAUCUCUCUGGACAAGAAAUUGGGACAGGGAUGUUUUGGAGACGUCUGGAAGGGAACCUGGAGUGGGACAACCAAGGUGGCUGUGAAGACUCUCAGGCCAGGGACCAUGUCUCCAGAGGCUUUUCUGGAGGAGGCUCAGAUAAUGAAAAAGCUUCGCCAUGAUAAACUCGUCCAAUUAUAUGCAGUAGUAUCUGAGGAGCCCAUAUAUAUCGUGACUGAAUAUAUGUCCCAAGGUAGUUUUCUGGAAUAUCUGAAGGAAGGGGAUGGUCGAUACCUUAAGUUGCCUCAACUGGUGGACAUGACAGCACAGAUAGCCUCUGGCAUGGCAUAUAUUGAACGGAUGAAUUAUAUACAUCGUGAUCUCAGAGCUGCCAAUAUUCUUGUGGGUGACAACUUGGUCUGUAAAAUAGCGGAUUUCGGCCUUGCCCGUCUCAUUGAGGACAACGAGUACACAGCAAGGCAGGGUGCCAAGUUCCCAAUUAAGUGGACAGCCCCUGAAGCUGCAUUGUAUGGCAAAUUCACCAUUAAAUCCGAUGUCUGGUCUUUCGGGAUCCUAGUCUGUGAGGUGGUGACGAAGGGAAGAAUUCCGUAUCCAGGUAUGAGUAACAGAGAAGUUCUCGAGCAGGUGGAGAGAGGCUACCGAAUGCCAAGCCCUCCAGGCUGCCCUCCAUCUCUCCACGAGCUCAUGCUGCACUGUUGGAAGGCAGACCCUGAGGAGCGACCAACAUUUGAGUACUUGCAGUCCUUUUUGGAAGAUUAUUUCACAGCCACUGAGCCGCAGUAUCAGCCUGGAGACAAUAUCUAAGAUUGGGGAAGGAGGUAUGAAGGAAAGUGGAAUGUCCUGAUAUAACGACUGGGAAAGCCAUUUCGAAAAUUCAGUGAUUUAUGUAAGGGACAGACUGUAAUUUCUUAGGAAAUGGAGGAUAAACAUUUCCAAUGGAAUCCACUUUAAGAACAAGGGCUAACUAUUGCCAAAACCUGGGAGAUGCUUUUGGCACACGUUUGAACUGGUUGAUCAAAAACAAAUAUUCCUUAAAAAAUAAUGUGAC